UGGGCGACUCUCCAGAGACGAGUGAUAAAACUACAUUACCCAAGAUGCACCGGGUGAAAUCACAAUAAACGUGGAAAUGCCCACAAACAUUUUGCCCCAGAAUAGUCGGCACUUCAACCUUUCUUAAGGUGUUGUGUGCCGUACGGCAGCCAUGGCGCCGGGGGACGUGGUGCCAGAGCAUGCCAAGCAGCUCAAGCCCAAGGAGAAGCGCCUCGCUGGCGCCGCCCCCGCCACCGCCAGACCAUCUAAAGUCGACUGCGAGGCAGACGGCUCCUUCGUGUUUGAGGCCCACGAGGCCUGGAAGGACUUCCACAGCUCGCUGAGACAUUUCUACGAAGUGGGCGAGUUGUGUGAUGUCACGCUCAAGGUCGGCAGCAGACUGAUCCAAUGUCACAAGCUUGUCUUGGCCUGUGUCAUCCCCUAUUUCAGGGCCAUGUUUCUGUCCGAAAUGACGGAGGCCAAGCAGAAAUUGAUCGAGAUCAAGGACUUUGAUGGAGAUGCCAUCAAGGAUCUGGUCCACUUUGCUUAUUCCUCCAAGCUCACACUCACCGUAGACAAUGUCCAGCCUCUGCUUUAUGCUGCUUGUAUCCUUCAGGUGGAGCUGGUGGCGCGGGCCUGCUGCGAGUACAUGAAGGCCCACUUCCACCCCACCAAUUGCCUGGCGGUGCGCACCUUCGCCGAGAGCCACAACCGCGUGGACCUGAUGGACAUGGCCGACCGCUACGCCUGCGAGCACUUCAGCGAGGUGGUGGAGUGCGAGGACUUCACGUGCGUGUCGCCGCAGCACCUGCGGACGCUGCUGGCCUCUGGCGACCUCAACAUCCAGUCGGAGACGCAGGUAUACAAGGCGGCCGUCAAGUGGCUCAAAGCCAACCCGCAGCACCACCACGCCUGGCUGGACCACAUCUUCUCUCAGGUACGCCUGCCACUGCUCCCCGUGGACUUUCUGACCGGUACGGUGGCCAAGGAUGACAUGAUCAAGGGCAACCUGAGUUGCCGCGACCUGAUGGACGAGGCCCGGAACUACCACCUCCAGCUCAGCAACAAGGCAGUGCCCGACUUCGAGUACUCGAUCCGCACCGUGCCCCGAAAACACACCGCAGGAGUUUUGUUCUGCGUGGGUGGGCGCGGGGGCUCCGGUGACCCGUUUCGCAGCAUCGAGUGCUACUCCAUCAGCAAGAACAGCUGGUUCCUGGGCCCCGAGAUGAACAGCAGACGGCGGCACGUCGGUGUCAUUUCUGUAGGAGGGAAAGUCUACGCCGUGGGCGGGCACGACGGUAACGAGCACCUGGGUAACAUGGAGGUGUUCGACCCCCUCACCAACAAGUGGAUGAUGAAAGCCUCCAUGAACACCAAGAGGAGAGGUAUCGCCUUGGCCGCGCUGGGCGGUCCAAUCUACGCCAUCGGCGGUCUGGACGACAACUCGUGCUUCAACGACGUGGAGCGCUACGACAUCGAGCGCGACUGUUGGAGCGCCGUGGCCCGCAUGAACACGCCCCGAGGAGGUGUGGGCUCCGUGGCGCUGGGGAGUUUCGUUUACGCGGUGGGCGGUAACGACGGCUUGGCGUCGCUGUCGAGCGUGGAGCGCUUCGACCCGCACCUCAACAAGUGGACCGAGGUGAACGAGAUGGGCCAGCGGCGCGCCGGGAACGGGGUCAGCAAGCUCAACGGCUGCCUCUACGUCGUCGGUGGUUUUGACGACAACUCGCCACUGAGCUCCGUGGAGCGUUUCGACCCGCGAACGAACCGCUGGGAGUACGUGUCGGAGCUGACCACCCCGCGCGGCGGCGUGGGCGUCGCCACGGUGAUGAGCCGCGUGUUCGCCGUGGGCGGGCACAACGGCAACAGCUACCUAAACACGGUGGAGGCCUUCGAGCCGCGCAUGAACAGGUGGGAGCUGGUCGGCUCCGUGUCGCACUGCAGAGCCGGAGCGGGCGUGGCCGUCUGCUUGUCUCACGUGAGCCAGAUCCGAGAUGUCGGCCAGGGAUCGAGCAACGUCGUCAACUGCAUGUGACGGCGGAACAAAAAUACACAAAUGAUCAUCUUCUGACGCUCCUUCCGCAUCGUCUUUCAUUUUGUUCACGUUACCACAAGCAGCAUCGACGUCACGAGAGCGACUGACUUUUUACUAAGUAACUGGGCCUCACGGUGGUUGCGUAGCGUUGGAAUUUGGAGGAACGAACAUUAUUUUACUGACACGGCAUUCAACAGCAGAACUUUCUCAAAUCUGUGGCUUAGUUUUUUAAGAGCGGGCAGGAGGCCUGAACUGGUUGGCAGCCAAUCGCAGGGCACAGAGACAAACAUUCGCUUUCACAAUCACACCUACGGGCAAUUUAGAGUGUCCCAUUAAUGUUGCAUGUUUUUGGGAUGUGGGAGGAAACCCGAGUGCUUAUCUGGUUUAGUUUUACAAAUUGAAUUUUUUUUUUUUUUUUUUUUUAGGACUUCCCCAGUACUAUGGAUAGUAACCAGGACUUAUGUUGGUUAGGGUUAACAAGCAUAUUUGGGAAACCGCACACCUUUAUCCAUUGUCUCAUUAAUUUGGGAAUUAGUUGUAGUUUUGGGAACAGAACAAAAGAAACAUUUCUACAAUUGUUAGUUUAAGCAGAGAUUACUAUUACUAGGCUUCAGGUCGGUCGCAUAGCUUUAGCAUUUUGGGUGCCAAGCUAACAGAUGCAGAGCAUUAUUUUACAAACGCUGCAUUCAACUGUCCUUUUUGGACUGCCUAACUUUGUCCGGUCUGCUUUGUGUGAAUGGUAUAAAAAGGAACGUUUCUAGCAUUGCUAUCUUAGCCAUUGCUCGAGCUAAUAACUCAGCCUCACAUUUUUCACAUAGCUUUAGAUAAAUAUUUUAUUAAUCCUGUAAAUUCACAACCCUUUUAGUCACCAACAUAGGGUUAUUUUCAGGAAACCUGUUUACCUACCUUUUUUCUGGGGGUGUGGGAGGAUGAUUCAACUUUCACUUUGAGGAUGACAGUGUAGUUUUAUCAAGAGCUCAGUGUUAUUGGACUGCUGUGAUUGGUCAGUCUGUUUACGGGGAUGAGGCUCAGUGAGAAGGAAAUUCUAAAAACAUGUAAAACCUCAGAGGAUGUGUUAGAAAAAGCUGAAAAACAUUUCACCCACAAAUGCUGAGAAUAUUUUUUCCUCAUACUCAUUUGCAUACUUUGUUCAGAAAUGUAAUUUUUAAAAAAUAUUUUUCAAGGGAAACUAGAAUUUAAAAAAAAAAAAAAAAAAAGUACCAGGACAGUCGCAUAUUCUCGUUUCUGAUGAGGUUCACAUGCCUUGUGUCCCGGGGUCGGUGGAUGAAACAGAAUUUCAAUUGCACCAAUCGUAAUCACGCUUGAACAAUCAUGGCUGACAAAAGUCUGUUGCAGAGAAAAAAAAAAUUGACACAUUUUGUUCUUUAAUUGAAGCAAACUUGAUAUUUGACAUGUUAUGCAGAAACGCAUUCAAAUGUAUCAGGGAAUGCUUUGUGUGUGUGUGUUUUUUUUGUAUGAUAGCUGGACUGUCAAAGCUAAAUUACACACAAUGUUGCUUGAAGGAGUUCCCUAUGUGUACAAAUAUAUUUUAAUAUAUUGACACUUUAAUAUACAAAUAUAGCUGUAUCUUUGCUGUAGCAGUCUUCUAAUCGUUUGUUGUGCUAGAAUUUUACAAGAUGUAUAGAAUAGUUGUAUAUUUCACACUUUGUCACAGUGCAGCAUUUCUGGCUACAAAUGUUUUUAUUUGUGCAAUUUUGCUAAAUAUAUGUAAAUAUACAAGGCACUGGUACAAACGGUCCAGCCUGAACAUUGUAGUUAUGUUGGUUCUUUUGCAGUGUGGUUUUGUUGUAGUUGGUUCAAUAAAUUUGUGGAAAUUAUGGAAUUUUGUUUUAAUUCUCUGUCCUAUCUCAUAGUUAAUCAAAAAAGGGUGGCGGUGGUGGGGAAUCAUUAAAUAGGUUGUAUUUUACAAGAAAAAGCUUUUGUUUUCAACAAAGUUGCAAUACUAAGUGGAUAAAAGUUACACUUGGAAAAAAUCCCUUUUGGUUUUUACUAAACGAAUUGGAUAACAUGACAAAUAUCCAUUUCGCACUUUUUGUAAUCUGAAAAUACACAAAAGCAGUCCAUUAUCACACCUUUUUCCUCUCAAUUUUAGAGUAAAAUAAGUAAAGAUACUACUGUAUUGCAGUGUUUUGUCUGA